UUGCUCAGCAAGCGUCGGACGGUUACGAGGUACGGGUGUCUAUUUCAGUGAUCGCUGUUCGAGCCCUGGGUGAACACUGAGGAUAGGAGAAAAAAGCUCAGGAGGGUAGGAGAAUUGACAGAGGAGAAAAAACUGAAUUGAGAAAAUGAGUCUGGGCUGUUGAACUUGGCGGGGAGGGAGAGAGGCAGGAGUUACGUAAGAGAAGGAUCUGGAUAUGUUUGGGCGUGGGUGAGACCGGCUCAUUGAUGUCGACGUUUCUCCUCUGCCCAUAACCUCCCCGUGCUCUUCAUCGUCCUCGUCGUCCUCGACAGCGAUAUCCAUCGCCCGGCUCGCCGUACUCGACAGCCCCGCGUUCCCUAACCUGGAUAAUGCGCAUUUGUCCCCUUGCUUUUCAGAUCUCUGACGAGCUAUCCGGUCCUUGUCCUUCUCUCUCUUUUUCCGCGCUCUCCAAGGGUCUCCUCUUAUCUUCCUCAUGCCCGCUCCUUCUCGACGUUACGCUGUGAAUGCGCCAGCUCAGACACCUCCACCCCCAAUACCCCCUCCGGCUCUCAAACGCAGGAUACACGUUGAUCAACCAUCAACGUCAAACCACACCGCUCGAUGGUCACAUCGGACUCUGGAUGCACGGGAUGUAAUAGCAGAUGAAGACCUAGUCAACCAGGCGGAGACGCAGUGUGAGACGUUUUCGGAUAAUAGCGUAUUUUCGUGUUUCCCAACGGCCAACUCCACGAUACCUCAGCAUCAGCUGGCAAGUUUUGUCUGGAAUAGCAACCUCCCGCAAUUUACUCGCACCAGUCUGGUUAAUAUCUAUCUAUUCGACGCUGCGUCGCAGACGAUUCUUCAUCAAUGGCUACGCCAACCCAAUCCGAAGGGUCGAGCGGGUGUUCUCCGUUUUCCUGUAAAUGAUACUUGGUUCGGUCCCCGCGGUGUCAACUGGCGUGGCACCGAUCUCAACUACCUCUUCUACUGGGUUGUCACUGGGCCUGAUGACGACGUAAGACUACAGGGACUACCCCAACCGAUUUUUACCGCCGUUCCAGCAGCGUCAUCUGCAGCUUCUGUUUCUUCUGCGAUUGCCGCUUCUCUCUCUUCAGCUAUCGCCGCUUCUCUGUCAUCAGCGACGGCAGGUCCAACAACGACGUCCGGUGUCCCUAAUCCUUCAGCCAGCAUACAAAGCGGAAAUGGCGGAUCAUCAUUUCCUCGCUGGGCAAUCGCCGUCAUCGUCGUCUUAGGUGCUCUUGCCCUGCUGGCCUCUGGCAUUCUCAUUUUCUUCAUUUUACGUCGCAUACGAAACCAACGUACGGACGCAGCAUCGAAUCGCAACUCGAUGGGCUCAGCGUCACCAAUGAUGGCUAAUGCGCACACCGGCAAUACGCCGCAAUCACCACUGCUGGGCGGUGCGGCCUUCGCCGCAGGUGCCGGAGGUUCUCACCGGCCAACUUCACCCGACGUUCAUGAUGGUGCAUCUACAAUGUCUCGAGUCAGCGAAGCGGCACCAUUCUCGGGUGCAGAUGCAGCAGUAAUGGCUGAUGCAUUUAGAACGGCUCUUCGAAAACCGAACUUCGCAGAUCAGCCCGUGGAAGAAGGCGAAAGUCCGGACGAAGGAGAUACUCAUCCUAAACCGACCGAGCUGAUCAAUAGAGAACUGGCUGAAGAGGGUAGAGAUAUCCGGAGCGUAAGCUCGUCAAGAGGCGUCAAGGUGGAAACGCUGAGUGACACUGAUACAGUACAGGACCAUCCACACUAGAGCGACCUGCCAUGUUAUUUUGUCCUGCUUCGUUUCUUAUGCUUCUUCCACCGUUCUUGUUCACCCCACCGCUUUUUUCCGACUUCCAGCUUUUUAUUAGCUAUCUUCCCACUAUUCCCACCCCCCCUACACUUCCCUCCCUUGCCAUCCAUUCUGUGCAUUACUUCCUGUCUCAUAGUCUUCAUAUCGUGGUCGUCUUUGUUGUCGUCAAUUUGUUCUCCUUACAUUUCGCGGACUCUUACCUGGUAAUUCGUAGUUUCUUAGCAAAGCUUUUUUUGGUCCGACCAUCUGCGGACAUUUCAUUACCCUCGCACACCGUCGUGCGCACUAUCCCUUGGCGGCAAUGGCGCUGUCGCUCUCUGUUUCCAAUCCUGUACGUGCAGCAGCUCCACCCCAUUUGACCGCCGUCCGCUCAUUUGAACAUUCCACAUGUCACCAUGGCUAGACCAGCCCUGAUUCCACUCCAAAAUCAUAUCAAUCCCAAAUUUGUACCAUAGGUUGAAUCUGUCGAUCAGGUCCUUGAUUGCCCUUGGCUGUUAUGUCGUCAUUCAUUCAAAGUCGCCAAUCCGGGGUCAAGCCUGGUACUAGUCUAAAUCUUGCUCCGUUCCUCUCUUCCUACCCCGCUCCACGCCACUCAGCAACUGGCAAAUCACCAACUUGUCCUGUCUUCAUUUCCCAUGUCCGGCGCAUGAGAAAAUGAAUCAGGCUAUCCACGUUCCCUCAAUUAUAUCCGAGACCAGGAUUCUCGGGCUGCCCGAAAGGCAGUCCUAUCACUGUGUCCGGACCCGAACCGGGCGGUGAGGCGAGGUGUCUACUCGUUUGUUCUUCGGGUGUAUUGAAGCCUUUUCUUUCGUAUACCGCAAUCUUGUACCAUCCAUUCAUUGAAGCUGACUUAUUCGCCGUCUGGUUUUCUUUACAUCUCGCUUAAUGACUCCCAAGAUACCACUUGUAUUGUUUGUGUCCAUCUUCUAUUCAGAGCACCUGCAAGGUGAUUGGCCGCAGCCGCCUGCGAGUUUCAUUCCAGAAGAUGAAAAUUGUCUUUUUUUGUGUAUUGAGGCUAUUCUCGUAUCGCAACGCCGUCUCCGCCCACA